AUGGCUGCUGGCUCGAAAGUGUUGGAAUCAAUGUUAUACGAGCGAAAAACCUCGUCAUCACCGGCAAUAAAGAAACGAAAAGAAUGUGAGUACAUUGUUAACAGACAAGGUUUGUUCGUUGUUUCGUUUCAGGAAUUUUUUGAAAGCAUGUUCCUGGUCACUAAGAUUUUUGCACAUGUAGGUCCGCAUCUCUGUUUUUUUGGGGUAUUUAUUUGUUAA